AUGCCAUCAGACCAUCCACCUACUGCAGAGCCCAAAUUGAUUAUCAUUAUGGGUGCUACCGGAAGUGGCAAAUCGACAUUCGCGAAUCUCGCCACCGGUGCAGACUUCAGAGUUGGACACGGACUUCAAUCCUGCACGGAAACGAUACAACAAGAGACUCUUCAGCUCGAUAACGAGGUUGUUACCAUUAUUGACACACCUGGGUUCGACGAUACAGAAAGACCGCAGGCAGAUGUGUUGAGAGAAAUUGCCGAUUUUCUCAAGGCAGAGUACGAGAACAAAACGAAGGUAGCAGGCGUGGUUUUCACCUACCGCAUCUCAGACCAUCGCAUGUCCGGAGUCUCACUUGAGAACUACCGGUUAUUCCGCAAGAUUUGUGGAGACAUGGCGAUGGAAAACGUCGCUGUUGUGACCACCAUGUGGACAAGUUCAAACCAAACCGUGGGUAUGCGCCGGGAGAAAGAGCUGAGCACAAAUUUCUUCAAGGACGCGAUCGAGAACAAUGCUCGAAUGUACAGGCACGAUAACACGCAAGAAUCUGCGAAAACGAUAUUGCGAGAUUUGAUGGGAAGAAAAUCGGGGGCAUUGCGAGUGCAAGUGGAACUGGUUGACCAACACAAGUCGAUCCCUGAAACUGAAGCUGGCACUCAACUACAGUCUGCACUUGACGAGGAGGAGAAGCGACACAAUGAGAAGCUAGAGGAGAUUGAGAGGGAGCGGCAAAGACUGCUCAGUGAGAGAGAGUCGUCGAAAGAGAAGAUAUUACAGGAAAUGGAGACAGAACGUCGAGUGGUGCAGGAUAGGCUGAGCAAAGUGUUGAGCGAGAAGGAAAAACUGCGUUUCAUGCGUGCUAAUAAUGCGGAGAAAAUACAAACGCCACAAGUAGUCGUGUCCGCAGCUCCAGCUUCAGAAUCAGAACCAGAGCGGCCUUGGUGGCGUCGGCUGUGUUGCUUUUAG